AACUACAUUUAAGGGUGAUAUUGAAAUUCCAAUAUUGGUUUAUUUCUUGGAACACAUAAGGUGGAAAUUGUUGAUAUUUAGAUGCUAGAGUUUCCACAACAGUUUUGCGAAUGUGUCUACAUCAAUUUAAAUUGUGGUAAAGCUGAUAGAAUUUGUAUUGGACCUACUUGAACUAAGCCACCAAAUUACAAAUAAAAGAAAAAAAAAUUUGCGAAUAUGGAUGGUUUUGAAGAAUCAAAGAGUGAUAGGAUUAUUUGGAUAUUCUUUCCACAGCCUUCUACAACCAUUUUCCUACAUGGGUUUUCUGCUUCUUCACACCUAAUUUUGUUAUUAGUUUUAUCAAUUUCUUGGGUUUACAAGAGAUGCACGAUACCCACCCUUGAAAAGUCAAAACCAAUGUUGAAAAAUACAUAUGUUUUAUACUAUUGGCCAGCUUUUAUAUCUUGCAUGCUUCUAUCGUUCUAUGAUCUUCUCCUAUGCAUAUUAACCUACCUCUCUGGCUAUAGACAUGAUUGGUCUGAUCUAAAAUUUAUUUGUCAAUUGGAUUUUGCAUUCAAAACACUCACUUGGUUUGUGAUCUCUGCUUACUUGCACAUCCAACUUUCUCAUUCAAGUGAGCACAGGUUCCCCAUUAUCCUAAGGAUUUGGUGGGCCUUCUUCUUCCUUAUGUCUUUUUCCUAUCUUGUUAUACAUCUUGUUUUAUAUUGGGAACAUUCACCCUUACCAUUCCGGCUAUGGGUCUCCGAUGCUGCAUCCAUUAUUGUUGGUUUGUUCUUUAGUUAUGUUGAGUUGUUUGGCAAAGGGAAAGAGGAUGAAGAUAUACAUCUUGUAGAGCCACUUUUGAUAAAUAGUUCUAGUCGAAACAAUGGUGAUUUUGGACACGGAUCAAGAGUCUGUGGAGAGAGUGUAACUCCUUAUGAGAAUGCCAAUUUUCUUAGUAUUUUCACUUUCUCUUGGAUGGGCCCUUUGCUUGCACUCGGAUAUAGAAAAACAUUGAACCUUGAAGAUGUUCCUCAACUGGCCAAUUGUGAUAGUGCCAAUGUGGUCUUUGGUCGUUUUAGAAAUAAACUUGGAUAUGUUGGUAAUGGCAAUGAUAAUGGUGGUCAAAUAAGCACACAAAAGUUGGUCGAGGCAUUGAUUUUCUCAACGUGGAAAGAAAUUAUAUUGGCAGCUCUAUUUUCCAUUUUAUGUACAUUGGCUUCCUAUGUUGGACCAUAUCUAAUUGAUGCCUUUGUUCACUAUCUCAAUAGCCCUCACCAACUAAAUUAUAAAGGCUAUGCGCUAGUGUUUAGUUUCUUUAUUUUAAAGCUCAUAAAGUGCCUCUUUGAGAGGCACUUGUCCUUUCAAUUGCGAAAGAUGGCAAUGAGGGUCCGUGUUUCCUUGUUUGCAAUAAUUUAUAAGAAGGGUCUCAGGCUUUCGAGUCAAUCGAAGCAAAGCCACACUUGUGGGGAGAGCAUUAAUUUGAUGAGUGUUGAUGUUGAGAGGACUGGUUUUUUCAGUUGGUACUUGCAUGAUAUAUGGAGGGUUCCUGUUCAAGUUAUUCUAGCAUUGUUGAUCUUGUACAAGAGCCUUGGGCUUGCUUCACUUGCAGCUUUGGUUGCCACAGUGAUUUUGAUGUUAGCAAAUGUUCCACUGGGAAAACUACAUGAGAAAUUUCAGGGGAAAUUGAUGGAUUCAAAGGAUCGAAGGAUGAAGGCAACAACUGAGGCUUUGAGGAAUAUGAGGAUUCUCAAGCUCCAGGGCUGGGAUAUGAAGUUUUUGGCUAAGAUAAUUGAGCUUAGAAACUCUGAAACAAGAAAGUUAAAAAAGUUACUUUAUACAUCAGCAAUGACUGCUUUUGUGUACUUGUGUGCUCCCAUGUUUGUAUCCAUGGUUACUUUUGGAUUUUGUAUACUUAUGGGAAUUCCGCUAGAGUCCGGGAAGAUUUUAUCUGCACUUGCAACAUUUGAGAUAUUGCAAGGGUCCAUUUAUAAUCUCCCAGACACAAUCUCCAUGGUAAUUCAGACUAAAGUUUCCCUCGGCAGGAUAGUCUCAUUCCUCUGUCUCGAUGAUCUUCAGCCUAAUAUAGUAUAUAAACUUUCAAAAGAUAGUGCCAAGGUUGCAGUUGAGAUAGUCAAGGGAAAUUUCUCUUGGGACCAUCAUUCCUCUGAACUUACAUUAAAAGAUCUUAAUUUCCAAGUGUACCAUGGUAUGAGAGUAGCUGUUUGUGGUUCUGUAGGUUCGGGAAAGUCGAGUCUACUUUCAUGUAUAUUGGGAGAAGUGCCAAAGAUAUCUGGAACCAUUAAAUUGAAUGGAACAAAAGCCUAUGUUUCACAAUCACCUUGGAUACAGAGUGGCAAGAUAGUAGAUAAUAUAUUAUUUGGUAAGGAGAUGGACAAGGAAAGAUACGAGAUGAUCCUUGAAGCAUGUUCUUUGAAGAAGGAUCUAGAAUUGUGUGGUUCUGGGGAUCAGACUAUUAUAGGGGAGAGAGGAAUUAAUCUGAGUGGUGGGCAGAAGCAAAGAAUCCAGAUUGCACGUGUUUUGUACCAUGAUGCUGAUAUUUAUUUGCUUGAUGAUCCUUUUAGUGCUGUGGAUGCUCACACAGGAACUCAUCUAUUUAAGGAAUGUUUAUUGGGAAUUUUGGGUUCAAAAACGGUAAUUUAUGUUACCCACCAAGUAGAGUUUUUACAAUCUGCUGAUCUUAUCCUGGUUUUGAAAGAUGGAACGAUUACUCAAGCAGGAAAGUAUGAAGAAAUUCUUAUAUCAGGAACUAAAUUUAUGGAAUUAGUGGGUGCACAUAAGAAAGCUUUGGCAGACCUUAAUUAUAUCAAACAUGGGGCUGCUCUAGAUAAUUUAAUUACUGAUGAGAAAAAUGGAAAUAUGUUGUAUAGCAAGAAGUCUAUUCAAGAAGAUGAGGAAAGAGAACCCAAAACUUGUAAAACAGAAAAACUGGUUGGGCCAGAAGGACAGCUUGUCCAAGAAGAAAUGAGAGAAAAAGGUGGAGUUAGUCUUUUAGUCUACUGGAAGUAUGCUACAGCCGCUUAUAAAGGGGCUUUUGUACCAUUGAUAUUAUUGGCACAAAUUUUUUUCCAAUUUCUUCUAAUAGCCAGUAGUUAUUGGAUGGUGUUGACUACUCCUGUUUCAGAGGACGUGAGACCUCAUAUCAAAGGAUCAACUCUAAUAUUUGUUUAUAUUGCUUUGAUAUUUGGAAGCUCUCUUUGUGUAUUUAUAAGGUCCAUGCUCAUUGUAACAGCUGGAUACAAGACAGCCACUCUCUUAUUCAACAAAAUGCAUUUGUGCAUUUUUCGUGCCCCUAUGUCCUUUUUUGAUUCUACUCCAAGUGGAAGGAUUCUAAAUCGGGUAUCCAUAGAUCAAAGUGCAGUCGAUACCUCUAUUCCACGUCAAAUUGAAGAACUUCUUAUCUCAAUCAUAGGAUUCCUUGGAACUGCUGCAGUAAUGUCACAAGUUGCAUGGAAAAUGUUAAUAGUUUUUAUUCCGAUGAUUGUGACAUGCAUCUGGUACUCGCAAUACUACAUAUCUGCUGCACGAGAACUGUCACGACUUGCUGGAGUAUUCCAUGCUCCAAUUUUACAACAUUUUGCUGAAUCUAGUUUAGGUUCAACCACAAUUAGAUGCUUCGAUCAAGAAGAGAGGUUUAUGGACACAAACUUCAAGCUGGUGGAUGGGUAUAUCCGGCCCAAAUUUCAUUUCUCUGGUGCCAUGGAGUGGUUAUGCUUUCGUAUGGAUAUGUUGGCAUCCAUCACAUAUGCCUUCUGUUUGGUUUUCUUGAUCUCAAUGCCGAAGGGAGUACUCAAUCCUGGUGUUAUAGGUUUAGCAGUCACGUAUGGGCUUAGUUUAAGUAUGCAAGGAGUUGUAUGGGAUUUUAGCAUACUUGAGAAUAAAAUUAUUUCUGUUGAGAGAAUAAUGCAGUAUGCCAACAUCCCUAGUGAACCCCCCUUAUUGGUAGAAGAAAAUAGGCCAGGUCAUGGAUGGCCAUCAAAAGGGACUGUUGAUUUUGUUGAUUUGCAGGUUCGGUAUGCCCCACACCUUCCUCUUGUCUUGCGAGAUCUCACAUGCAUAUUCCCUGGAGGGAUGAAGAUUGGUAUCGUUGGACGAACUGGAAGUGGUAAAUCAACUCUCGUACAGGCUCUCUUCCGCAUGCUUGAACCUGCAGCCGGUCAAAUUUGGAUUGAUGGUAUCAACAUCUCUAAGAUUGGCCUUCAUGACUUGCGAUCAAGAUUGAGUAUCAUCCCGCAAGACCCAACAAUGUUUGAGGGGACUCUAAGAAGCAAUCUUGAUCCACUUGAAGAGUACACUGAUGAACAAAUCUGGGAGGCUUUAGAUAGAUGCCAACUUGGUGAUGAAGUUAGAAAAAAGGAAGGGAAGCUUGAUUCAAUUGUGACUGAGAACGGAGAAAAUUGGAGCAUGGGUCAAAGACAACUAGUCUGUUUAGGGAGGGUAUUACUCAAAAAGAGCAAAGUGAUAAUACUCGAUGAAGCUACUGCAUUAGUGGAUAGUGCAACUGACUAUCAAAUUCAACAAACGCUUAGACAACACUUCUCAGGAUCUACUGUGAUCACAAUCGCACAUAGGAUAACAUCAAUACUUGAUAUUGAUAUGGUCCUCCUUAUCGAUAAUGGUCUUGUAUUGGAAUAUGAUUCUCCAACAAAAUUGCUACAGAUGAAGUCGUUGUCAUUUGCAAAGCUUGUUAAGGAGUAUACUCAUAGAUUUAGUUCCUAGUUUUUAAAAGGCUAUAUAAGAGAGUUUUGAAUAUUCAAAUGUAAGCAGGUUGGAUUAGAUAGAGGUGCAUUUC